AUGCCGAGCUGGUCCAACACCCCCUCGGGGACGAUGACGGCGUGCGUUCUCUCCAAACUCGGCGCCCCGGCGACAGAAGCAUUUACCAUCCAAACCGACUACCCGAGACCGACUCUGCCGUCGCCCUCAUGGGUGCUGGUGCGCGUGCACAUGGCGGGGAUGAACCGAAGCGACCUCCGAGCGCGGAUCGACGAGUACCUGGUACCACGAGAAUUCGGCAUUUUCGAAGACGAAUAUCAGCCGGUGUCGCCCAAGGUGAUCGGGGAGGAAUUCGUGGGUGAGGUCGAGGAAGCCGGGUCGGCGACGGAUUUCAAAAAGGGUGAGCGGGUCGCCGGGUUCAUCUACGGCGGCGGUAAGGCCUUUGACGGGAGUUACGCGAACUACACCAUCUGCCCGGCCGAACGGUGCUGGAAGCUGGGCGAGGACGCGCUGUCGCUGCCCUGGGAGACCCUGGGCGCCAUCCCCAUGAGUAUGUGGGCCGCGUACGGGUCGCUCUUUGUGGGCGGCGACACCAAGCCCGGAGACAGCGUGCUGGUCCACGGCGCCACCAGCGCCGUCGGGGUGUGGUGCAUCCUGCUGGCCAAGGAGCGAGGCUGUACCGUGGUCGCGUCGACGCGGCAGCCGGGGAAAGUGCAGAAACUGAAAGAUCUCGGGGCCGAUCACGUCCUCCUGGAAGACGAUCUGGUCAAACACGGCCUGCGGCGGAACCUGUGUCCCGACGGGGUCAACACCGUCAUCGAGCUCGUCGGCGUCUCCACCUGGACUACGGUCGGGCUGCCCGCCCUGGCCUUUCGUGGCACUCUGGUCAACAUGGGCAUUCUCAAUCUCCAGUGGCAGACGGACAUCUUCCACGCGGCCGCCAUUCCGAACCAGAGGCGAAUCACCUCGUACACGCUGGCGGUGGAAGACGUGCCCUUGUCCCGCGACGUUCUCAUCGACGUCGUGUCCAAGGUGAAGAAGGGCAUCUGGAGACAGGAGCAAUUUCUGGACAGUGUCUUUGACAUCCAGGAUGUUGCCCAGGCUCAUAUUCACAUGGAGCAGAACAAGGCCGUGGGGAAAGUCUUGUUGCGAUUGCCGUAA